AUGACUGAUAUAGACUCAUAUAAUGAUCCAAUACUAUCGCUAGUGCGAGAUCCAAAUUUAAAUAAAGAUUCAACUAAAUCAAAUCAAUUAAUAAACUUAAUUAAAAACAUUCAAGAACGUAAAAUAAAUAAACUAUGUUCAACAGCGUUCAAAAUUCUACAACAUUUAGAAAACACUCGAUUAAAAUUUAAAAAUUGGGAAUUUUUAUCACUUGAUUUCAAUUCAGAUUCACAUUUUGACGAGGGUCAAGACACGAAUAUUAAAAAUUUUAAUACUAAUGUUGCAAAUAAUGUCAUUAAUGCAUGUAAUGAAAUCAAUAAAAAUAUGACUAAAAUAACCUCAGAUAUUGAUUUGAUAAGUAAGAAUUCAAAAAUGUUAAUUGCACGAGAUUUAAUGAGUGAUGAAGGAGCAAUGUUGACUAGUUUAUUACUUAGAGUGAUUAAAAUUAAAAAUGAAGUAAUCGAUCAAUUGUCUAUCUCAUAUGCUAAAGCUAAGUUAAUAAUGAUAGGUAAAGAAUUAGAGAAUGAUGAUUUAAUUGAUGAUUUUUCAAUUGUUGAAUAUUAUAAAUCUUUUAUAAUUGCAUUAUUAAAACAAUUAAAUAAAGCUAUUAAUGAUUGUGAUUUUGAUUCCAAAUUUGAAUGUUUGGCAGUUAUAAAUGAUCUUGAACAAAUGUUUGAAAAAUUCAAAAUUGAAAAAUUAUUAGAACAGAGAACAAUUGAAGAGAGUCAUUCCCAACAUUAUCAUGAGACCUUCUCUGAGACUAGUUCAAAUUCGAGUAAUAAUCAAGAUGAUUCAUUUUCUGAUUAUUCAAUAACUUCAUCUCAAUAUUUACCUUUAGUUCAUUCAAUAACAGGUCAUAGUCCUGCUUCAUUGACAACUACUACAACUACUACAACUCAAAAAGAUUCAUCAUAUGAUAUGACUACUAGUCAAAUGUAUAAAUCUAGUAUAACUGAAGAAUUACCAUAUUUAAUGACUGCUUUUAAUUCUGCUAAAAACUUUAAGGAUGAUGUAAGUCAUUAUAAACAAGAACAAAAAGAGGAAAUUAAGGUGAAACCAAAAUCGAUAACGAAACCACAACAGUUAAAGAAAAUUCCAGAACCUAAGAAACCAUAUUUUCAUAAAGCAAAUUUACCUAAUUCAUCAUUAUAUUCAGAUACUCAUAUUAUUCCAUCAACACCACCACCAAUAUAUAAUAAUUCCUUAUUAAGAACAUUUGGUAUACGUCCACAAGUAAUUACAAUUCCUUCAGAUGAUGAAAAUAAAGAAAAUCAAAACAAUAAAAAACCAUUAUUUUUAACUGAACAAACUGUUUCAAAUUUACAACACGAUUUUAUAGAUUGA